GGCUAUCUGCCGUUACUAGCCUGUGGUGACUGAGAGCUGGGGACAGGUGAGGGGACCUGAUCGGUGUAGUAGUACCACUUCACGGCUAUCCACCUGUCAUACAAUGACACUGGAUUGUGUCUUUACCAACAGACACUGGUGUUUAUGCUUCCAUUUUCUGUUCAUUGUCCAAAUGUAAAUGGAAACAUUAAUACAGAGACUCUCGGGGAACUUCAAGACAAGCAGCCCCCGUUACCUGGGUGAUGAUGACCCUCAAAUCCAGGCUUACUUGACUCAUCAAGCGGCAAGCCCGGAACCUGUGGGUGAUGUUUUUGAUGAAGACGGAGUGAUACGCCUUUAUAUUCCAGAAUUAGAGAAUUACGGAGGAGAGGAAACAGAUCGCAGCGACCACCACCACACCCCCAACAGUGACACUCGUGACCCUGGUGUCUCCGGCGAUCAAAUCCCUGGUUGUGAAAUCACACACAAAGGAAAUGCUAACACUGAUUAUCGUGUAAAAUCAGCUCCCCCUAGUAGCCGUGUAGGUAAACAAGGUUGUAGUGACAAGAACUCUCAAACCUCUACCCCAAAAGAAUCAGGUCGGACUUACAUAACCGCUCAUAAUUAUCUACAGAAUUUGUUUCCCAAAUCGCAGCGAUACACACAUAAAUCUGUAUAUGAAGUAACCUCCCCUAACAAGAGCGAUCCCACUGACAACGUUCGAGGUAGGUGUACAAAUGUCACUGCCGUCUUAAAUAAGCCAAUAGCCUCACCUACAGAAACUGGAUUUAAAAAACGGACAAAAUCAUUUUGUCCAAGUUAUAGUGCAAAUUCUAUUUGUAAAGUAGGAAAACAAAAGGUAGCUAACAAGAUGAAUUAUAUUGGAGGAGAUAGGUUCAUGACAUCCAAUCACAUGACAUCAGGCAAUAUGAUGUCCAGUCACAUGACAACAUCGUCAUCAACUCAUGUGAAUCGUGUUCAGGAGAAGGAGGAGCUACAACGUUUGAAUGACAGGUUCGGUGCUUAUGUGCAGCGUGUGCGACAGUUGCGAGAGCAGGGUGGACAAAUUGACUCUUCUGCUUUCCUCAAGACCACCAAACAACUAGAAGAUGAAGUUUCAAAUCUGAAAAACUUAUAUGAACAUGAACUCCACAACAUCAGGUGUCAACUGGACGAGGUAACGAAAGAGAAGAACUUAUUUCAUCUACAGUUUAACAAGAGUAACCAGACAGCGGCUGACCUUCAAGACAGACUUUCAGUUGAGGUUGACAAGAACAGGAAGAUAACAGAUGAUGUGAAUGUGUGUCAGAGAAAGAUCGUGGCUUUACAGGCUGAGCUAGAGGAUGCCAGGAUGUCCUCCAGUCAGCCGUACGAGGAUAUCAAUCGGCUACAGAGAGACAUGGACAACCUUGUACGAGAAAACGAAAAUUACAAGCGAAGAUAUGAGAAGGAGCAGUUGGUUAGACAAGAAUGUGAAGACAAGAUGAGUCAGUUAAUAAAGAAGAUUGAAUUCAAUGAGCAAGUGUUCAACCAGCAACUGAAUGAGGCCCGUGAACGCCUGAACAUAUCGACAGCCACCAUCUUGUCCCUGGAAGGUCGUGUGCGGGACCUGAGUAAGACAGACACCACUGUACCCGAGAUGAUUCGUCAGGUCAGGGAGGCUGCGGAGGAGGAACUUUCCCAGUACAAGCUCAAUUCUGAAAAUGAGUUUGCCCGCAAUUUAAACUCACUGAAGGUCCAGAUGGACAAUGAUGCUCAGACAGUAGAACGGAGCAACCGAGAGAAGUCUGAACUCCUAGGGGCUACAGGAGAGUUCAAGGCCAGGAUUACCUCCCUUGAGGGACAGAUACAAAUGUUGGAACACCAAAAGAAAUCGGCUGAAGAAAUGUUACAGCAAGAACGAUAUAGAUCUGCGGAACAGAUCCAAGUCAUGGAAAAGAAAUUCCGGGAAGUCCAAGAUUUACUUAUUGUCAAAAUGAGGGAAGCAAAUGUGUCGAGAGACACCAGUCUUCCACUGAAGGCCGAGAUCGAGGCCAUGAAAGUUCUACUGGAGGAGGAGGAGCGCAGACUUUGUAACUCUUCUGUAUUUACUACGCAACAAACCACAACUACGCCAGUUACUGUGGCAUACACUGCCGCCAUGCGACCUUUGACCCCAUCAGCUCCUCCUAUCUCCCCAGCUCCCCCAGUCAUGUCAGCCUACACACAGCUACAUGAGUUGGGCCCGGAUUCUAUGGUUCUACAGACAGAGAUGCUUGAUCCUGUUGUGUCCUCAACUCUAGCCAAACAAGAAUAUGAAACCAUGGCCACCUCCCCUGACAUUCCUAGUGCUACACGUUACACAUAUGAGGCCACACCCAGUAUGAAUCGCCUACAGAUAGAACCAUCACCACCUAUAACGCCGCGACCUGUUGGCCCAGUAGUCAGAGUCAAGUCAGCCCCAGCCUCUGGUCAUAGUAACCAAGGGAGGAUCACAGCGUCAGGCCUUGUACCUGCCAGUCUAGGUCAGGGAAAGGACUACUUUGAUGAAAUGUUUCAAGAUCUUACACGAGAGACACUUUACACACAAGUACGCCCAAAAAGUAGUCCCACCGAACGACAGCCAACAUCGACAUACCACGACUAUAACACCUCCACCUCCAGCCAAAGUGGGAGUGUGGAGAUCCUGGAGCGUGAAUCUCCUGACAACGCAGCGUUCACUAAUAGUCGGGGUAAGAAAACCCAGAAAGGCAAGUUAAAACGCAAAUUGUGUGGUGAACAGUACUACUACGCCAGUGCUAUAGGAGACAUCAAGAUCCUCGAGGUGAACCAGGAGGGCAAGUACGUCCGGCUGUCUAACGACUCCGAACAGGAAGCAGAGUUUGGUGGGUAUAUGAUCCAGCAGAACGUCGGAGGACAUCCAGUAGCUGUCUACAGAUUCCCUUCACGCGCCAAAUUCCCCAAACAGUCAACGAUCACCAUCUGGUCAGGAAGUAACGAGGCGAUCCUACACCAACCCCCAACAGACUACGUGUGGAAGGAGCAAAGCAAGUGGGGCACUGGGCCCGAGUGUACCACCAUCCUCUGUAAACCCAACGGCCAGGCUAUCGCAUGGACCACAGCUGCACAUAGAUUUACAAGAAACGCGUUUGAAGAUACAAGACCAAACUCAGAUUUAGAAGAAUACCAAGAAAACAUGGAACCUGGUGUGAAUGGUGACCUGGAGAGUUUAACAGACAUGACUGUUAACAUCAAUGAACCGCGAUCAGAUCCCGUGUACUUACGCAGAGAGAAGCAAGCACCACCAACACUUGCCCCACAAAAACACCCACACGGGAUUAGCCCUGGCAGAGAGUCCCAUCCUCAUUCUGGACAAGCCCGUCCCUUAACAUACGGCAACGAUAACAGCACGGUGAAUCGUCAGUCACGGUCUCAGUCCACACGCCCCGACCCCGUCGCUGGUCAACCUUAUGCAGGAGCAGCAGCUCAAAAGAUGGGAAGUGCACCACUGCGCAAAUUUUCACCAAACCAGAUGACCCGUGGAAACACAAAUAUGUCUAAACAGUCGUCGUUUUGGAACAACUCAUCAAGAAAUCGAAAGACUGAGAAUGAGCGGCCGUCAACUCCUCCAAAUUCGUUCAUGACACCCCACAACAGAUUUGAGAUGGGACUGAAGCAGAUCCAGUCCCAGCACAACAUGGACUUUCUACCCCCUAUGCCACGCCCCCCUCUCUUCUCCUCAUGGUAGUGCUAUGCCCUCGUUUCAUUGUGUCAUCAUCGGCUGUUAUCAAGUUGCUGUCAACAUUGUACUGUUAUAACUUAAAUGUUCUCCGAGUAAUCAAUGUCAACUGAUUUAUUUUAUUGAAGAUGGCAACUGUAUUGUGAUCGCGUCUUUCAGUGGACCAUUUUGAAAACACAAGUCUUCCUAAUCUUUCGCUCUGUUUCGUUUGUGAUGUGUCUUCUACUUCACUCUGAAAUUUCCUUUCUUGCUGUUGAUCUGCAGAAAAAGUAACAACUUAUAUAUGUCACUUGUCAAUAUAGCUGUAUUGGUCUUUUAAGGAAGACUGUGCAUCAUGUGUUUCUCAAAUUGGUCCAUUUCAUCAAAAUUCAAAAUGUUAAUGAACGAUAUCAGUAAAAAUAUAAUCCCAUGAGGAGAAAUGGAAAUCAUAAUGACAACUGAUACCAUGUACUGUUAGUGUUAUUACCGUUGAAUAUAACAUGAAUUUCAUUUGAAAGGAAAAGAACCUUAUAAUCACAACAACUGUCAGAGUGAGUUAGAAGCCUUACUGCCAUUUGGGACCUUUGUACAGAGUAGGAUAUGGUGUAAUACCAACAUAGUAUGCUGAGGGAAUGUAGUACUAUUGUCAGUCACCAGGUGUGUGCCAGUUACAGUAUUGAGUAUGAAUUAUGAGGGAUUAACUUUUAUGGUAUGUGUUUUUAUGCCAUAUGUCAUUUAUACAUGAUUUAGUUACAUAUGACUGUGUUAUUAUCUUCACAAAAAGUAACAAUGUUCAUUGUCUUAGUUAACCAACAAAACUUUAGAACUGAAAGUAUGGAGCCAGAAUCAUACUUAAUGAGAAAACAGAUCUUAGUGUAUUUCAUACUGUAACACCUGUCCUUAACUGAAGUGGCUUAAACAAGAAGAUAUUCAGGGAACACCAUAUUGAUAUGCAUAAUUCUACAAAUAUGUAACGGUACUUUAAAUAUUUAUCUAGAUGUUUCCGUCAUAAAUUUAUUUUAUAGUUCUAUCUUUAUUUUUGAACCGCCAAUAUAAUCCAUCGUUUGAUGCAUAAGUUUAUUAUAUAUUUAUCCCUUAAGAUAUCUUUAAUAAGCAGAAAUAAUUCCUUACAAGGGGAGAUAACUCUAAUAGUUUACCCACCUAAUUUAGUAUUUAGUUAUAUAUUUGUAAUCCUCACUAUUUUGUUAUGUCUAUCAAGAUAGUCUGUUGUUUGUAACCAAUGUGUUAGGUUAAAUUAGAUUUUUUUAGUUAUAUUUUACUGAUUGGUGAUAAUUCUCCGUCCUAUCUCACGCUGUUACAUGUGCCUAGAUUUUGUUGAUGAUAUAUCAUUUUAUUUCAUUCAUUCCCUCCAAAGAAACCUGUGAUAUUUUACAUUGUAUAAUAUAUAUUGCUUAAGUUAGAGCAAGCUUGAAUAUACAUAAAUAUAUAGACAGCUUAUAGCAUCAUGCUAUUAACUGGUUAUUACACAGAUAUAUCAUUAUGUAGGGGGGACUCUAUAUUUUGUUGAUUUAAUUUGGUUUGUAUGAAGGUUUUAGAUGUUGGAUGGGUCAUUAGAAGAGGCAAACAAUCUGUAUAUAAUAGAGAGAAAUAUAUAUAUAUAUUCUUAUUUAACAGCACAAUUACAUUAUGAUUUCUCACAUUCAAUAUAUGAUUAAGUCAUAUUCAUACUUUUUAGUUUGUAAUAAUAAUGACAAAUUUCUAUCUUGUAAUUAAAAAUGGAAAAUAUAUUUUGCUUUUCUACUUUUUUAGGAACUUGUCAAGAUGUUAUGUAAAGGUUUUUCUGUGGUAAUGUAUCCAUUUGAUGGUAUAGGUAUCGGUGAUUAGUUAGUCUGUCCUGUUGUAAUACUUUACAAGUAAGGCAGGGUUACAGUUAAAGUGAACUGGUAUUCCUUACCACUAAUCAUUAUUAGGAUAUAUAUCAAGGGAGAUAACCACAGUAUCUGUGCUUUGUAGAAAUGUUUAUACCUUCCGUCCAGGUAGUAAGGGUUGGAAUUGUGCAUUGAAUGCUAUGGAGAGGUUUAUUUUUAGCAUUAUCUUCUUAUCAAAUUUUAAAUAAAUAUGAAAUUAUUCAAAAA